AUGGAGCAAGAUUGUGGUGCUUAUGCAGCAGAUUGUGUUAUCCUCUGUUGCUGCUGUGAGUGUUUUGUCCUUCAAUUUUUUAUCUUCCUCUUCUUCAAGAUCCCUCGUAAACUUGCUCACAAGAUGAAGAAGUUUGUGAAAAGAAAGCUCCGAGGAAAGAAGAGAGGAGACGCAAAAACCUUCUUACCCACAAAGGAGGAUGAUUGCAGAGAGAAGGAGGAAGAGCAUUUGUCUAGUGAUGAUGGAUCAAGAUUUAGUUGCAUGGAAGAUAUUGAGGAGAUGUUGCAAGAACUUUCAAUGGAAGGAGAGUUUGUAUUUGGGAGUUUCUGGAGACAAGGAGAGACUUCAAACAACAAUUUGGACAUCAGAUUUUCACAAUACGAAACACUGAUCAUUCCUUGUCAUUGCUCAUCUAACCACAAGAUUUGUUAUUUGAUUCAAGAAUCCAAUUAA